CUCACACUAUCACAUCUCCCGGUCGUGAGUAUUUCUUCCUCCUACCAUUUGGGUGAUUUUCACACCGAUUGUGUUUCUGCCCAAAUUAUCGUAUUUGUCCAUUUUACAAAUACAAACAUGGGAAUCGAGCUGCCACCUAUCCCCGAGGGGGAGUUUAUUAUCAUUGGAACGGUCUAUGCAAAGCCUGAAUAUCUUGAGGAAAUCAAGCAUCUCAUGCGCCGUUCCCUCCAGCUGGCAGAGUCGGAACCUGGUGUUCUGGACCUCGUAGUCAGUUUCCACCCUGACGAACCAACAACAUUCUACGCCUAUGAGCGAUACACUGGCCGAGAGGCAUACGAGAAGCACACUGCGUCUAAAGAGUUUCUGGAGUUUUCCAAUUGCGAUUUCUUUGCACGCCCGCCAUUUAUCAAGGUCACGCAAAAGAUUUAG